AUGGCCUCCCCGCGGACGCUGCAGACCGCCGCGAACGCACUGCGCCUCGGCGCCUACCGCACCGGCGUGGCUACUAGCUCCAGCUCCCUCCUCCUCCUCCGCAGCGCCGCGCCCCGUGCUGCCGGGCGGUAUGCCCCGGUCCCUCUUCACGCCGCGGCUGCGCUGCCCUCUGCCGCCCGGAGGUACUCCCAGCAGAAUCAGCCCAAGGAGAGCAAGAUAUGGAGCUUUGAGGAGGUCCAGAAGCUCACGCAAGAGGCAGAACCCAGCGUCCUGGUAGUCGAUGUCCGAGAGCCAGGCGAGCUCAAGUCGACCGGCCGCGUGCCGGGCGCGGUCAACAUCCCCGUGACGUCGCAGCCCGACAGCUUCCACAUCAGCGAGGAGGAGUUUGAGGACCGCUUCGGGUACCCGCGCCCCGCCAAGGACCAGGAGGUCGUCUUCUACUGCAAGGCCGGCGUGCGCAGCCGCGCCGCGGCGGGGCUGGCAAAGGACGCCGGCUGGUCCAAGGUGGGCGAGUACCCCGGCAGCUGGCUGGACUGGGCCGAGAAGGGGGGCAAGGUGGAGAGGUGA